CGGAUGGACACCAGCUCCCUGCUUUCCUCCUCCUGGACCAGUCUUUAUUCCUUCUGCCAUUUCUCCAGCUCUGUUCUCCAGUUGGCUCUCUCUGCUUGUUUCAGAUCCCCUUCUUCUUCUUUUUCUUCUUCUUCUCAGUCUGUUGGUCAUUUCCCCCCUGUCGUCCCUCUGGCAGUCAGCAUGGUGAACAGAUAAAUGCCAGCCUGCUGAACAUGGGCUCCUGCCUCUGCAAAGGUCACCAAGAGCUGCAAAGUGGCCAGCAGCACCCCAUGGAAGAGCUCCACUCGUAUGCUGAAGGACAGCCCAUCAUUAAGGGUAACCAUCAGCCCUGUAACGGCAGCGUGUCAGAUAAAAGUGGCAGUGGCGGCUACGACAUCGGAGAACUGGCUACAUCUUCAUUGCUGGGGCUGCUUGCCACUAUUAAAGACCACAUCACUAAGCCGACUGCGAUGGCCCAGGGCCGCGUCGCCCAUCUGAUCGAGUGGAAGAGCUGGGGAGGAGAGACCACGUCUGGAGGAGGCUGGUGCGGCUGGAGUAGAGAUGGUGGAGGAUGGGGAUCUACAGGAGCCACGCUGCAGGAGGAUGAGCAGCUCUACUCCCACCUCACCGAUGAAAUUAAAGAGGCCCGAUUUGCUGCGGGUGUGGCAGAACAGUUUGCUUUGGCUGAGGCAGCGAUGAACGCCUGGUCUGCACAGGAUGUUGACAAUCAAGCCACAAACAGCACAAUCCCAUUACAAGACGCAGAGGGCCUGUAUCUCUCUCAGUUUCUGCUGGAUGGAGGGAGUUUGGGCGUUCCUCAGCACCUGUACAGGAUGCACAUGGAUGUUGAUGACACCGGCUCUUUGGCGCCCCCUCAGUCUCAUUCCCCCAGCCAUUCUCACUCUCCGUCAGAAACGCAGCGUCCGCAGAGGAUCUCGCCGUCGGUUGGAUCUGUUCGACACGCUGACAGCAUCUCCCUCUCGGAGGAUGAGGUUUUUUAUAACUGAAGUUUUGAUGACACUGUGGACUGGGGUUUUGUCUAUUGUUUGUGUACGCGGCUUGGGUUACGUCUGGGGCUAUCGAUUUACCAUUCAAGUAUGAGAAAGCUGUACUGUAUAAAAACUUGUUGCUGGCUUAAAUUUAUAUGUUAUAUAUCAAAUUAACUUAAUGUAAUGUAACGUACAUUACAUUAAACUAACUUAAAGGCACAGUACGUAAGAUUUAUUCAUUAAAAUAUCCAAAACCCCCUAGAACAUUGUUAUAUAUUUUGCUGAGUUAUGUAAUUACAUUAUCCCAAAUGUUUUUAGAAACAUUUAAAUCUAGAGAAUUAAGCAAUUUUAAGUAGCGAGUCUCUAUGCUAGUGACAUCAUACACUCUCGAUUUCCAGUUUGAUUUAAUAGAAAACAGCGAAAACACCAAAGACGCUUUACUAUGUUGUGCAUUUUUUUAGAUUGCAUAGAGUAGCAUUAUAACAGAACCCUAAAAUGCAAUUGUAGUAUGAUAAAACAGCACUGCUGCUUCUCCACGUGAUAAUGACUGGUAGAACCAGAAGCGGUUGACAAUGGCACAAUAAAAGCUCCGCUGCUUUCAUGCUGUCACACUUGUCUGACUUGUCUCGUUUUUCAGCCUUAAUGUCUGUGGACAUCGUGAUCAUUUUUGCUUAUGUUUAUCGCUGAUAUUUAGCGCCUCAUGAUCAAAUAAAGGGCGCCAUUGAGCAAGAUGCCAUGCAAA